UGCAUAAAAACAUGUCGUGAGCUUGGUGCACUCUGUCCGGACGUAUCUGGACGUGUCUGGACUACCUUCUGCUGGUCAGUGGACAUACCUGUGUGUUCUGACCAAUGGGGAGGCCCAGUAUUGUGGGUGUGAGGGAGAGGGCAGCCUGGUGCACCCUGCUCCUGCUCCUCUGCUCCUCUGGAGGGGACUGUGAGUCUGAAUUACCACAACCUCCAGGACCUACAAACUUCCAGGGGGUCAAACCGUUCCACAAUGAGCCUGAGCCUCAACCCUUCCCCGACAAGGAGAAGGCCAACCUGCCAGUCUUCACCAUGGACUAUCCACGCAUUCAGGUGCCCUUUGAGUUCACACUGUGGAUCCUGCUCGCCUCUUUCGCCAAAAUAGGCUUCCACAUUUACCAAAAGAUCACUGUAUGGAUCCCCGAGUCUUGCCUGCUCAUCUGCAUCGGGCUUAUUGUGGGUGGUAUCAUGUACUCGGUGAAGGAAGAGCCCCCGGCUGUCCUGAGCCCCGAGGUGUUCUUCCUCUACAUGCUGCCCCCCAUCGUCCUGGACAGCGGCUACUUCAUGCCCACCAGGCCCUUCUUUGAGAACGUGGGCACUGUGCUGUGGUACGCUGUUGUGGGCUCCCUCUGGAACUCUGUGGGCAUUGGUGUGUCCCUGUUCGCCAUCUGCCAGAUAGAGGCUUUCGGGGUGCAAGAUAUUAACCUGCAGGAGAACUUGCUGUUCGCUUCCAUAAUCGCAGCUGUGGACCCCGUGGCAGCGCUAAGUGUGUUUGAGGACAUCAGUGUGAAUGAGCAGAUCUACAUUGUCAUAUUUGGAGAGGGGCUGUUCAAUGAUGUUGUCACUGUGGCCUUGUACAGCAUGCUCAGCUUCGUGGCAGACAUGCCCACGGUGGAGUCAGUGGACGUGUUCCUGGGGGUGGCUCGCUUUUUUGUGGUGAGCCUGGGUGGUCUCCUCAUUGGGGUGGUGUUUGGGAUCGCGGCCGCCUUCACCACCCGCUUCACGCACAACGCCCGCCAGAUAGAGCCCCUGUUUGUCUUCAUGUACAGCUACCUGGCCUACCUGGUGGCCGAGCUCUUCGCUAUCUCCAGUGUUCUGUCUAUCAUCACAUGUGCCAUCACCAUGAAGUACUAUGUGGAGGAGAACGUGUCCCAGCGUUCCUGCACCACCAUCCGUCAUGUCGUGAAGGUCCUGGCCAGCAUCUCUGAGACGCUCAUCUUCUUCUUCCUGGGUGUGGUCACCAUAACAACGGAGCACGAGUGGAACUGGGCCUACAUCCUCUUCACGCUGCUGUUUGCCUUCGUCUGGAGAGGACUAGGGAUUCUGGUGCUGACGCAGAUCAUCAACCCUUUUAGGACCAUCCAGUUCAACUUUAAAGACCAGUUCGGACUGGCCUACAGUGGCCUCAGGGGGGCAGUGUGCUUCGCCCUGGUCUUCACGCUGCCUGACACUAUCAACCGCAGGAACCUCUUCGUCACCGCCUCCAUCGCCGUCAUCAUCUUCACCGUUUUUAUACAGGGCAUCAGUAUCCGUCCCAUUGUGGAAUACAUGGACAUCAGACGCACUAACAAUGAAAAGUACAACAUUAACAUGGAGAUUCACAGCCGGACAAUGGAGCACAUUGUUUCCGGGAUUGAAGACUUGUGCGGGCAGUGGGGUCACUACUACUGGAAAGACAAGUUUAAGAAGUUCAAUGAUCGUAUACUGAGGAAGAUCCUUCUCCGGGACAACAAGGCAGAGUCCAGUAUUGUGUCUCUGUAUAAGAAGCUGGAGCUGCAGAGUGCCAUUGAGCUGCUGGACACACCCAUGGGAGACCUGAGCGCCGCUCCCUCCGUCGUCUCCCUACAUGAUGAGAUGAAGGAAGCGUCUCGGCCAAAGAAAAAGUUCCUGUCUGCUGAUGUGAGGAACAUGCACAAUAUUCUGACAAAGAACAUGUACAAGAUACGGCAAAAGACUCUGGCAUACACCACCAAAUACAAGCUGCCCGACGACAGCCGCACUCGUGAGAUCCUGAUCCGCCGCCACACCAGUAUCAGACGCAGCCUCCGAGCCACCAGUUUUAGACAUCCACCUUCAGAAAACAUUCCUAAAUCUCAGAAGUAUUAUUCACUGCAGCCAGGCAGUGACCUGGGGUCAGCCUUAGCUCUCAGAAGAAGAAGUCAGGGUGGCUCAACUGCUCGCUCCAUCAUCCCGCUCAGCCCCAUAGAGGAGAGGAACCUGAGCCCUGCUCCUCACAGGACCACCCCCACACUGCAGCAAAGUGAGGGUGGAGACGAGGCUACACCACAUGGCUGGCAACCCGAGGACCCUGAAGGAAACACUGUGUCCAGGAGCCCUUUACUCAGAUGAUUGCUGUUGCCCUGGCUCUGGAUGAGCGUGGGAGUAUAUACUGUAUAUGGGGAGAGAAGACUGUAGAGCCUGUAUUUAAUCUUGUAUAAAACGAAUUAAACUUUGGUCAUGUUUGAAACAUCAAGCUGUGUUAUGAGCACAGCUCAUUGUCUAUAACCUUUUGACUGGUAUUCCAAGUCAUAACUGCAUAUUAAACAAUCGUUUAACCUACCUCCA